CAUGGGCUUCUUCUAUUUCUUUCCCUCCUUCCUUUCUUCUCUUCUUCGUCUUUCUCUGCGACGAAGCCAAGAAGGAUACGGAAAAAUCUCUUGAUCGAUCUCGAAUGGUGAUCGCUGCAGUGGUGGCGUCGGCGGAGAACCGUCGGAGGCCUGACGAGCCCAAGGCGGCGAGGCCAGAAUCUCCUUCUCCCUCUCUUUCUCGCAGUCUCCCGCAAUCUCGACUCCAUAAUUUCUCCUUCCCGACUCUCAGCUGGGGGAGCCAGCGGCUGCUCCGGUGCAUGAAGCUGACCACCGUAGCAAAUGGCGAGAUUGCCGGAUCUCCGGCCAGCGGGGCACGGGAAGAGCCGCGGGCGGCGAGGAAGCGGUCCCCUCCUCUUUCUUCUUUGCCCGAGAGGAAGAGAUCAAGGCGGACGGCGUCUCGGAUCCUGGAACCUAAGGAAAAGGAAGCGGGAGGGGAAGAGAAUGUGGAGGAAUUCUCUGCAGUGGAGGCGGCAGCGAGGCCUUGGAAUCUGAGGUCGAGGAGGGCGGCCUACGUCGCUUCGUUAGAGAUCGGACGGGGUCGGAACAAUUUCUCCUCUUCUUCUUUCUCGCCUUCUCCCCUGCUGCUGGAAAAGAGUGGUAUGGCGAAAUCGCCCGGACCGAGAUCAGGGGUUUUGGAGGAGGGGGAGAGGCGGAAGUUCUCGGUUUCGCUCACUUCUGAGGAGGUUGAACAGGAUUUCCUUGCGCUUAAGGGGACGAAGCCCCCUCGGAGGCCCAAAAAAAGGGCCAAGAUCGUGCAGAAGCAACUCGAUUCAAUUUUCCCUGGCUUAUGGUUAUCAGAGAUAACACCAGACUUAUACAAAGUUGAUGCUUAAGAACUAGGAGGGUGAGAUUGCUUAAUGGCGAGUUUUUCUUAAGAGAGAGUUUUCAGAGAUUGCAGAUGUUGACAAUACAUGUGAUAACAUAUAUCAUCUAAUAUUGAUAUGUAAAUUGUGAAAUUGAAUAAAAAAGCCAGAUAUCCAUUUUUUUUUCCCAUC